UUGAGCAUCGCCCUCUGCUUUCUGAUCAGAUGUUCUCAUCAUUUUAAUCCCUUCCUUAUUACACCAACAACCCUGCAAUCCUCCCUUCAAUUUUCCAUUAUUGGCCAAUUAAUCAUCAAACUUUCCUCCCAAACCAAAACCCUAAAUCAAUAUACCAUUUCCCAUCCUCCAAAAAAAUUCUAUUGCUUUCCUUGAAAUCGAUCUCUCUCUCACACACACUGCACGCACACUCAAAUUAGCAAUGGACCGAGACUUAACCCCCACUAAAAGUGGUGAUGAAACUGAAGUUGAUACCCCACCGCACACGCACACUCACACCCCAUCCAUCAAGAGCCACCGCCGCCCGCCGCCGGCGUUCAAAGAAUGCAUGAAGAACCAUGCAGCCAAUAUAGGCGGCCACGCAGUAGACGGCUGUGGAGAGUACAUGCCGCCCUCCUCCGACGACCCUAUCUCACUCAUAUGCGCCGCCUGCGGCUGCCACCGCAACUUCCACCGCCGCCACCCCGCCGCCAUCACCCCACCGUUUCUUGAUUUCCGACGGCCCGGCCAUACUCAAACAUCCUCCCCCUCUCCGCCAUUCCAUUACGGCCCCCAUGUGCUGCUCGCCCUCGGCACCGCGGAGCCGGCGGCCGAGAACCUGCAGCUCGGCAAAAAGCGCUCCAGAACGAAAUUCAGCCAGGAACAGAAGGAAAGGAUGCAUUCCUUCUCGGAGAAGCUCGGCUGGAAAAUGCACAGGUCCGACGAGGCGGCGGUGGCGGAGUUCUGCCGCGACGCCGGCGUCGCCAGAGGAGUGCUCAAGGUGUGGAUGCACAACAACAAGGGCACAACCGGCGCCAGGACCGGAAAUGUCGACGUUGUUGGAGGCCGAGCGAUGAGCAUUAAUGGCAGCGGCGGCGACAAAGAAACUAGAAAGACCGAUGAUGAUAAUGGCGGUCGAUGUCGGAAUGGGAGUGGCGGUACACUUCAUUUUUCGUGAUUCCAAUAAUUUAUUUCGUCGAGUAAUGUUAAUUUUCUGUUGAAUUCAUGUGAGUCGUUAAUCAACUAAUUAAGCAUUCCUGAUUAGAAACGAAAUUUUACUAAUUAA